AUGUCUUUCUUCUUGACAUGGAUCAAAGCUAUUUUUAUCAUUGCCUUGGCAUUUCCUCAUUAUUCUGAAACUUCUUUUGAACCUUUACCAGAAAUUCGUCAAGUGCCAAGCUGUGAUGUGUAUAUACAUCAAUCACAUUUUUGCACAAGAGAAAAGGAUCCAGUCUGUGCAACCAAUGGCCAAACUUAUUCCAAUACAUGCGUUUUCUGCAGUGAACAAUUUGAAAGUGGUGGAGCAUUUGAGUUUGGUUAUUAUGGUAGAUGCUGA